AUGCCUUCACAACUGGAGACAGCCAUGGAGUCCCUCAUCGUGGUGUUCCACCGCUACGCUUCGCGGGACGGCAGGUCUGGCACCCUCAGCCGAAGGGAACUCCGAGAAUUGAUGGAGAACGAGCUGUCCAACUUUUUAAGGAGCCAGAAGGACCCAGCUGCCGUGGACAAGAUCAUGAAAGACCUGGACACCAACAAGGAUGGCCAAGUAGACUUUGAGGAGUUUGUGUCCCUGGUGGUAGGACUAUCCAUAGCGUGUGAGCAGUGCUACCAACUACACAUGAAGACCGCCGCCAAAAAGUAG